UCUCCCUUCACUCAGUUAGAAAUUGAGGCUUACUGCGUGUGUGUAUGCGUGUGUGUGUGUGUGAGCGCACGUCGCACGUUCCUGUGUGUGUGUGUGUGUGUGUGUGCAAGUGCCACAGACAGAUAACUAUAGUGUCUCAGCAUGCCUGCGUAUGCCACCAACAUGAGGCUGAAAUUUCCCAUCGUGGCCUUGGCUUUGGAGAUUAUCACCAUCAUCUUGUUUGCGGUCUUUGUGGUCUACGAUGACGGCAAAGGUCACGGCCAUGACUCACACUCCAACAACACGGGCCACCACGACCCGCCUAUGGAGCUCUAUCCCAUGUUCCAGGAUGUCCACGUUAUGAUCUUCAUCGGCUUCGGCUUCUUGAUGACUUUCCUGAAGAGAUACGGCUUCAGCAGCGUGGGCGUCAACUUGCUGCUGGCCGCCUUCGGCCUGCAGUGGGGCCUCCUCAUGCAGGGCAUCUGGCAUCUGGAUGAUGGCAAGAUUAAGAUCAACAUCUUCAAAAUCAUCAACGCGGACUUCAGCACAGCCACAGUCCUGAUCUCCUUCGGAGCAGUUCUGGGUAAAACCAGCCCUGUUCAGCUGCUCAUCAUGACCAUCCUGGAGAUUAGUAUCUUCUCCAUAAACGAGCACCUGGUGGCAACAGUCAUGGAGGCCAAUGACGUUGGGGCCUCCAUGAUCAUCCAUGCCUACGGAGCUUAUUUUGGUUUGGCCGUGGCUCGAAUGCUUUACCGGCCGGGUCUCAGAAACGGGCACGAGAAUGACGGAUCCGUCUACCACUCUGAUCUGUUUGCUAUGAUUGGGACCGUGUUCCUCUGGAUGUUCUGGCCCAGUUUUAACUCAGCCAUUGCCGAACCAGGCUUCACCCAGCUCACAGCCGUCAUCAACACUUACCUCUCCCUGGCCGCCUGCGUGCUCUCUGCUUACGCAAUCUCCAGCCUGGUGGAGCACAAAGGGAAACUGGACAUGGUGCACAUUCAGAAUGCCACACUGGCUGGUGGCGUUGCCGUGGGGACGUGUGCAGACAUGAACAUUGGGCCAUUUGGGGCGAUGCUGAUUGGAUUAGUGGCUGGUAUCGUUUCCACCCUGGGCUUCAAGUACCUGACUCCUAUUCUGGCAUCUAACCUGGGCAUCCAGGACACCUGUGGUGUACACAAUCUGCACGGCAUGCCGGGCAUCCUGGGAGGCUUGGCUGGUAUCGUGGCUGUGGCUUUGGGUAAAAAAGAAGGGAAUGCCGCCAUGCAAGCUGCCGCCUUGGCUUCAUCCCUUGGGUUUGCCCUGGUUGGAGGGGCUAUUACAGGAUUAAUAAUGAAGCUGCCUAUCUGGGGACAACCUCCAGACCAGAACUGCUUCGAUGACUCUAUUUACUGGGAGGUCCCUGCAGAGGAGGAGGACAACGAGGAGAGCUUGGCUCAUGCAGAUCACUCUAAGAACAAAGCAGAGGUUUAAACCUGGAAUCAGAAAAUGCACGAGGGAACGUUAUCACUCCACAAUGCUUUCCAUCACAGUUCAGAUUGAGUUGACAGUUCAGAAAAAAGCAGUAGGUCUCACUGUAUUUCACAUCUUCCAUAAAUAAAAAACUUAGAGAUGGGCAUAAUAAUACAUUAAUUGCUGAUUAAUCGUGUCUUGAAGCAAUUGAGGCGAACUGGAGUGCACUACCUCACUGCAACCAGCGGAGGCGCUGUUGAUUCAGUCUAAAGUAGUGUGUCGUCUAAAGCAGAACAUGGAGUCAGCUAUGGGAAGUAGAGAUACAUAUCAACAUAAACAAUUAUCAAUUGUUAUUAAAAAUACAUAUACACUGAGAUUUAAAAAAAAAAAACCUUCCCUAAAACUACACACUUUAUGGAAUAUAAUCAGCAUCAUACAUUGAUGUUUUGUUUUGGGGGUUUGAAAUUAGCAAUGGACAUAUGAUUCAUUCAUAAAUCAAUGCUGGAACACAGCUGUAAGCCUUUUCUUUAUUUACUUUAUCAAGCAUACAAGCAUGUUUUAACAGUAUUAGUAGAGUGUUUUUAACAGUAUUAGUAGAGUGUGUAUUUUAGCUUUCAAGUAUUACAUUGUACUUCAUUCACACAAACUGAUGAAAAACAGGGAUGGAAGGGCUACCUCACCCCUUACCUUUAGAAGAACAAUAUUCCUGUAAUGAACCAACCUGUGUGUGUCUCUGUACGCUGAGGCUUAUAUUAUUAUUUGCUUUUAAUUACAUCAUAUGUAUUCUUUUAUGUACAUACUACUUCACAUUUUCAUGGAUUGACAUAGUCAGUUUGAUGGUAGCCCUGUGGUGUAAAAGGUAACCGGUACUGGAUUUUUAUGAUUUCAUUUUUAUGAUUUCAAAUGACAGCAUAUUAAUUACACACAGAAAAAAAACAUAUGCACGAUAUUCAUACAAAAUGCAUCCUUCCAUAAGGCAGGUCAUUUCUCAUUUUCACUACAUUUACGACACUGUUAGACAAAGCUCCUAUGCGGAGUGUUUCAUUGUAUUAACAAAACAGGGCUGCGGGGCAAGAUGAAACUGACAUUUAGAGUUAAUCUCUUGUUUUUGACCAUUUAUGUGCAUUAUUUUUUAUUUUGUCUUUUAUACAAAAUGUACUUGUACUAUCACUGCCAUAAUAAAUGUUUUGUACGUUAUUA